CCCAUUUAAUCCCAUGAUUGUAAUAAGAGGCUCCCAGUAUUAUUUCUGGGAUUGGUGACCUCAAGUGUUCUCCUUUUUCGUUUGUGGAGAUUAUGACGCAGCUGAGCAGAAGGGGGUGGAUAUAGAACAAUGUCAACUAAGAUGUCAAAAAUACCAUUUCGUGCAGAAACUAUGUUCUGUCCUUCAUCAUCAUGUUCAAGAUCGAGAUCUUUGCAAAGGACAAUUUUUGGUCACAACAAGAGACCUAAUCCUCCUCUUUGUCUCUUCUAUAUCAGUUUCCGUUCCCUGAACAAUUACAGAAAGACAGAAUGGUCUUUCAGAAGCGUGGCCGAUGGAAGCAACAGUACAGAUCCUUCAGGAGGCAACCCAAACAAUGACACUCGUCUCGUUAGAGCUAUUCGAUCAUUCCAAACCAAGCUAAGAUCUAGAAUCAAAGAGUUAAGAAAGGGUUUGUCGGUAAAAAUCCUCUUCUUCCUGUUGGGCUUCUAUUGCGCAACUGCAUUCGCGACCGUUAUAGGGCAAACUGGUGACUGGGACAUUCUUUCUGCCGGUUUGGCUGUAGUUGUUGUUGAAGGAAUUGGUGCUCUAAUGUAUAGAGCUUCUUUCGGAUUUCUUAAAGGGAUGAGGGGUUUGAUCACUGUGUUUAAUUAUUGGAAGGCCGGGCUUUCCUUGGGGUUGUUCUUGGAUUCAUUUAAGUAUGAAAUGGAUGUGUUCUUUGAAUCAUGUAACCCGUUUCGAUUUGAUAUAGAUGCGUUUCCUGUGUUCUGGUAA